AUGGGCGUCAUUGCAGUUGCUGGAGGAACCGGUGCCAUGGGACGCACGAUCGUCGAGGGUCUUGUUCGUGAUGGGACUCAUCGCGUGGUCAUCCUCGCAAGAAAGACCAAUCCCGAGAAAGAGGCUGAAAUCGGCGCCCGUAUUGUUGCCGUCGACUACUCUGAUUCUGAUCAGAUCAGUACUGUCCUAGAGGCGAAUUCGAUCGAUACCGUCAUCUCGACUCUUAACUCCUCCUUUGGCAUCGAGUCCGAGCUCAACCUCAUCAAGGCUGCGAACCAGUCAACCGCGACGAAGAGAUACGUCGCAAAUGUGUGGGGCAUCACUUACACCCCAGAGGAGUCAAAGGUGUUCCCCGCUGCAGAGGGAAAGGUUCAAGCGAUGCAAGCUCUCGAAGCUUCCUCGCUCGAGUGGACAUGUUUCCUGACUGGCUUUCUCUCUGACUACUUCGUUAUGCCUCGUGGCAAGUCGUACAUGACACCCUUGGUCGUCCUGGUUGACAUGGUUCACAACGUCGCUGCCAUUCCAGGCUCUGGCUCAGUCCCUGUCGUACUGACGUACAGCUUCGACAUUCCCAAGUUUGUGAUCCGAGCUCUCGCUCUUGAUCACUGGGAAAAAGAGAUUUCAAUCUUCCAGGUCGACAGCCGAAUGGGUGACUUCCACCUGACGAUUGCUACCGACUCUUUUGUGAAGGGGGGGCCCUUUUUUCUACCUGGAGCGAGCCUGUACACCGACGACCUAUUUUCGAACUACACCCGUCACGAAUGGUCGAGUGAUUUGCCUCCCUUUGGGGAUCAGCGAUCUUUCAAAUUCGAAGCAUACUCGACCGACCGCAAUUCAACAGACGUAGUGAACGUCACAAAAGCGGCAAAACAGGGGUCCCAAUGGCAUAGGUUAAGCACAACCGAGUGCAGUGCCCUCUACGUAGGGUCCAGGUCGGACUGCAACGGGCUUCGGGAAUAUCGGAACGUUAUUCUUAUCUCUAAAGGGUCUGGGUGGCAAAGGUCCGAUCUUUGGAACCUUUCUGACUCGGCAAACGCCCUUUGGGAACCCGUGGUGCCAAGCAACGAAAUCAACAAUCUGUGGCUCUCGACACCUUGCAGCAUGAAAGGUAUCAUCGUGGAGAGCAACCCACUGUGCCAAAAUACUUGCGCCGACUUAGUGGACACCCCGAGUUCUUCGGGACUCUGGCAAAUUCCGACGUUUGACUGGUAUGAGGCAUCAUCGACUCCGUACUUUCCGCCUAUGGCGUGGAAUUUUACGGAUCCCCUAAGCUUGCCCAGAAUCACUAGAUGGAAUUCGACAUUGUACGCGGCGCCAGGCAAUGAAUCCGCACCAGUCUUUGGAUAUCGAGAUUCCUCGUAUAACCUGGAGAUCGAAUACUGUCUUGCAGAACCUAGGGACUUGAGCGGGGCUUGCGGCGUAGCCCUCUCAAAACCCCUCCUUCUCGCUGUCGUUGUUUCAGUCUUGAUCAAGCUCAUUGCCUGCAUCGUAGCGAUACAGUUCCUGGGUUCCGAAGAGCCCCUUGUAACCCCCGGUGAUGCUAUUGCAUCUUUCAUUUCGAAGGCUGACGUCAACAUCGAACAGCCUGGCUUCUCGAAUUUGAGUAUAUUCACAGAGGCCAAAAAGAGAAAGAAAGACAAUGUUGCGUAUGAGCGUGCGGGACCUACCCAAUGGGUUAACGCUUCGAGGACUACAGGUGCUUGCAUAUCUUCUAAGGCUUGGAUUAGUACAUACGUCAUCUUGGUCUUCGGUGUUGUCGUAGCGAUCGCCUGCUGCGCCAAGCAACUUUCUAGCAGUAUCCCACUACAGAGCAUCCCUCUCAUUACAGCGAGUAUAGUACUUCACUGGCUGCUUUCCAACUCCUUGUUCGUCAUCGUGUCUCAAGGCAACUACUUUGAGAUGAGCCUGAAUAGGUCAGAUGGAGGAUACAAAGGAGAUCCCAUCAGCCUUCCCCCGAACACAGUCGUCGGUCUUGGAACAGCAUCUUUGCCAGUAUUGCUUCUCGCAGUCAUCGGAGGCAUCAUGAUGAUCAUACCCAUCAUCCUCUCGAGAAAACAGGUUGCUGGCUAUAUGCCUGUUGUUGGGUCAAACUCUAUGGCGAUGGCCGCUGCAUGUCGUGUCUCACCCAUAGCCAAGAUUCCCACUAGGAUUGACCAUGAUGAUGAAGGCCAAGCAACCGAGCUGGAAGAAUUGAGACCAGCAUCAAGCAUUGCGGUUUCGGAGGAAGGACCGAGUGCUCCCAGCCAGUCCACCGACAUGUCUCUCUUUCUCCUGAGAUGGGGCGAGGUGGAGAUGCCGAAGAGCUGGUACGAAAGGGUCGAGUUGGAUGGACAGGAGGCAGCAGAAAUUGGGCAUUUGAGUUUUGGUACAGUCCUAGACGAACCUAAGCCCCCAAAGGAAGGCUUUCUGGUAAUGGGUUCCAGGAUCCAGUACUCUGUGCCUCAAGAGGCAUCGAGAGUCUUUUGCGAAGGGAUUCUCAACAACCCCUUGGUCGGACCCCUGUCACCGGAGCUUUUGGCCUUGAGCAAGCGCAUUCGAUUCGAGGGUUCCGACCUACCGAGCGUCCCUGUCAAUUGGCGGUUUGCAGAAAGCAUUUCGGCACUGAACGCAUACGAAGCUCUUCUACUGAUGCAACUCCUGUCUAAGAAAUAUGGUUUGAGCAAUGCAGAAGUCACGAUCAACACGGACCAUGCCACGUUAUUCUUCAUGACGCCAAUGGUCGCUUCCGUGGUCCGAGACGGAAGACGCAUCCCAUUCGAUCCCAUGUCUCCUGAGACUCAAAAGCUUUUCCCGAAUGAGGACAAGCAUCGUGCCGUAGACGGUUUGCACAGAACUCUGGCGACCAACAUCUACAGGACACGCGAUGCUCGCCAUUAUCAUAUCCACGGUAGUAUGAAUCCGGAGCCGACGCUAACAGCACUCGGCCUGCCAAUGGAAGGGGAUAUCAACGAUAAUUAUGAUAUCGUCGUCCGCAGGUUCCAGGAUGUUGUAUCCCGGCUGGACUCGUCUGAUCUGGACGAGCUCAUGAAUGAGCAAUAUCGUCAAGCUGGCACCAUUGCCUACACCGCAGAUGGAUACUCGGCGACUGAGCAGGGACAGCAAUGCGCCAAAGUUGGACUCUACGAGCUUUCAAAGGAUACAGAAUCUGGUCAGCCGGCAAGUUGGUGGCCUGCGACAGUUCCUCAGAGUCCAGACUCGAAGUCUAUCAGACCGCUCGCAGGCCUGAAAGUGGUCGACUUGACACGCGUCAUUGCCGGCCCGGCUAUCAGUCGCAGUCUUGCAGAGAUGGGAGCUAGUGUGAUGAGAGUGACCUCACCCAAUAUCACGGAUCUCUCAGCCCUUCACCAGGAUUUGAACUGGGGCAAAUGGAACUGCCACCUAGACCUGCAGAAGCCUGGUGAUAAGGACAAGUUACGAGAGCUGAUACGCGACGCUGACGUUGUGGUGGAUGGGUAUAGGCCUGGUGUCAUGGAGCGCCAUGGUUUCGGUCGCCAAGCCAUCUACGAUCUUGUCAAGGACCGCCCCCGCGGCAUCAUUCAUGUUCGAGAGAACUGCUACGGUUGGCACGGACCUUGGAAUCACCGAAGUGGUUGGCAACAAAUCAGCGAUGCAUGUUGUGGUGUAUCUAUGGGCUACGGUAGAGCCAUGGGUCACGACGAAGCGGUGACUCCUGUGUUUCCAAACUCAGACUAUUGUACCGGCAUAUGUGGUAGCGCGGCUGUUCUUGAUGCACUGGUCAGGCGGUCGGAACAAGGUGGCAGCUACGGCAUUGACGUCGCACUCAACUACUAUUCGCAGUGGCUUGUUCGCUCAUGCGGCACGUAUCCAGAGGAUGUUUGGGCAGAGCUGUGGCAAAGACACGGCUCACCUGUGUUCCGUCACUACCACGCGAUGAGCUACUUGCUCCCAUCGGUGAUGAAGCUUCUUCGAGAGCAUGACGCGGCGACUCUUUUCAACCCUGCGUUCUUCGAAGAUCGCCAUGCUGAGUUCAUCAAAACCACCUUUUCUCAAGUGAAACCAAUCGCUCAAUUUACGGCCGGUGAUGUCCAUUUGGGGUAUCAGGUUGGGACACAUGGUAAUGGAGUUGAUUGUCCGAGAUGGCCGACAAGUCUUUCCGUGGAAGUGGUGACCAAUAGCAACUAG